GCAGGUUGGAGGCUUGCCCGCAAAACAGCAGUCUUAGGGGUUUGGAUUCAACGUUAAAUGGUGGAGAUGUUAUGUCCAAAGCGGGACUUGCAAUGCAUCCUGCCAGCAAGGAGAGAAACAGUGGCCUCGUCAGCAAUGUUCCAGAAGUGCUCCAGUUGCGUUCGGAGGAUGCGGAAGAGAUCUUGUGGCAGUUGGGUUUCGGCUGCGAUGACCCGCAGCUCAGCGUCAGACGGAUACGUGAGGAGGACCCCAGCCUGUGCAUAGCAAGUCGUUUCAGACAAGUCCAAGCGCUGACUGCAAUGGCCAACGCGUUCUGCUCACUGUACUCGCAUGUGUCGCGGACCCCCCUUCGCAAACUCAGGUCACCGCAGUUCACUUUCACCGUGUCGUCGCCCGCCGUGAGCCUGGGGAGCAACGUUAGGAGCAACCCGAGGAGCAGCAUGAGGAGCGAGCCGCGCUCUCCCGCCGAGAGGCUGAAGGACAGCGUCUCCAUGAUGUGCCUCUACACCUCACCCAGGAGAAAGUCCAGCCUGUCUGAUGUUGCCGAUCCAGUUCCUCAGCAGCUCCAGACUACCAAGACACUGGAUUCGGUGGACGGAAGACAAACGCACAGAAGCGAAGAAGACAACAGGAUUGCAUCACAAAUGGUAGUAAAAACUCAUCCCAAGCAAAAUCAUAGCGACUCAAUAGGGGAUAAUUUGAAACCUGUUGCCAGGGUAACCUAUGAGGUAAUCAGUCCAGAGAUAGUCGAGCGUGUUCACCGAGCCAACACCUUGCAUCACGUCUUUUUUAAGAUGGACGCCAAAUAUGAGUCAAGCCUUGGUGUUCAAAACAGGUCAACGACCUCCGAGUCUGCAUCCAGACCACUUCCGGUCCAAACCCCUGCAGUGUCUUCAGAUGAGGGUCAACAUUCAGAUAUCCUCUCUGUGAAGCCUCCAAGGUGCAUCGACUACCUCAAAAACUGCAAUAAGGAGAUCUCCUUAGAUUUGGAGGUCUGUAAACCUUUUAAGAGGUUUUAG